GGGUGUCAUUAUCUCUUCGCCAAAGGAAACAAAAAGUAGAUCUAUUUUUACUAAGUAGUUAAGAAAACGAAGACUUUGCUAAGGAAGUACUUGAAACUUUCAGUCCGCACUUGCUUAGAUUCUGCUCGCUAAUUCAGAGUUGAUAAGUGGAAGAAACAGCUAAAAACAGGUGAAGACAUGGGCCAUUUUCGGAAUUGUUGGAGUAAAGGAACGAUUUUGGAUACCAAGAAAGGUCUACCUCUGUCGCUAAUCGUCAAGAUAUGGAUUUUUAUCGCUUUUUCAUCGACGGCAAAUGGAAAUACAUCUUCGGUGAAUUACUCAAUAUCUGUAGGAGACCAUUCUACGGUCACUGAGUCAGUCAGUUGGUCCGUCAGUGGGUCGUUCAGUGAAUAUCACACUACUGAGGGGAUAAAUGUUACAGCCAUAAUGUCCCACGUCAUGAGCAACUCUGUCCCAGUUUCCUCGUCGCCUAUGCUGCCACCACACUGUUACCGUGUGUGCUACUGCAAUAAAUCUGUUGAAUAUGCCACUUCUUCCAUGAAGUACAACAUGACAUUACACUCGUCUUCCGCGAUGUACAACGUGACCGUUAGUGCUAUGGAUAACAUGUCGUCGAUGCCCUCCUCCGAUGAUUACAACAUGUCUUCAGGGUCCAUGAAUGCAUCGUCUCACGUGAGCCCCUCCCCAUCUAGUUCCGGUAUGGCGUACACGCCGAGCGCAAACGUCACGCCAAUGCACUACUCUUCUACUCCAUGGCCUGCACCGAGUUCUUCAGUGCCUGAGCCUUUCCAUUGUCCGAAUGUGUCUUGUUGGGUAGAGAUUGAGUGCAUGUCCCAUACCCAUAGCAUAUCAAAGACCUCUUAUGUAUCAACAUCAUCUGUUCCACCAACAGUUUGCCCAGGGGUCGUAGACUGCAAUGGCGAUUGUGGCGGUAGCGCUGAAGAGGAUUGUGGUAUAUGUUAUGGGGGAAAUACGAAGAAGGAAAAUCCGAGAGACUGCGAUAGACGAUGCAAUGGUAGUGCAACAAAAUCGAACGAUACUUGCUUUGAAUGCCUAUUAGCUGGUGAAAAUAGCGUUUUUAAGGAUUGUAACAAUGACUGUCACGGGAAUGCAACCCUUGACGACUGCGAUGUGUGCACCGGCGGCAAUACGGGGAAAAUGGCCAACCACUUAAAGGAUGCAUGCGGAGUGUGUAAUGGGACCAACUCGACAUGUAUAGGAUGCGACGGUGUACCAAACAGUGGUUUGGUGUUUGACGCAUGCAGUAAAUGCGGAGGGGACGGAACAACGUGCACGGCUCUCACGACAACUGUUCCACAAACCAUUGCAAGCGGCCAACCUAAAGUCUGGGUAAUUGGUGCUGGAUUUAAUGCAGGAAUCGCAACUGUGUGUGUAUUGUACAACCCAGAUAGUGGAGUAGAGGUUGUUAAUACUACAGCCACCCAAAGAAAUCUCACCCAUGCUCACUGCGUUUUUCAACCAUGGACCAAUUACACCGCGGGAAAAUACAACCUUUCAGUGAUACUCGUCCACGAUGGUGGUGAACAGAUUAAACUCAACGAGUCAGUUCCAAUAUAUUAUUACAAUAGCUCAAACCUCGCUCUGAGGAAUGUCACACCAUAUGAAAUUCUCAAGGACGACUUACCAGAAUACGUGACACUAGUUGGCAAUGGCUUCUUUGACUGGAAAGAGACCGUGUGUUAUUUCAAUUCCAGCGAAAGCAAAGAAAUCAUCUUUUUAAACGAAACUCAUCUCAAAUGCAAAGCACCAGCAGCUGUUACCUCGACCCGGUUCACCGUGUCUCUUUCCAUGGAUGGUGGACUCAAUACCGUUGGUAGCGCUAUCCUGACCGCCUAUGCACGGGCACCCAACGUCACCACGGUGAAGUUCAGUGACACAGCCUCCUCGAUAUUAGUUCUUUUCGACAUCGAUAUUGACAUUGCCAAUGACGAUGAAACUUGCGAAAAUUUCUUUAGCGCAGAAGUAGUUGUUACUUUUGGAAUUGACGCAGACUGCUACUUAAGCAGCUGGCGAGAGGUAACCAUUCUCCUCGGAGCCGGCGCAAAUAUUACCACUGGCGACAAUUUGGUUUUUAAGGAUAAUGUUUUCCAAGCCUACGGAGAAACAUACAGUGAGUUUUACAGUGGUUCAGUUCCAGUCCAGGGGCCUGAUGAUCCCUUACGGCCCACACCCGUGAUCACAGGUCCUGAAGUUCUCUCCUCCUGUGGAAAUCUUUCUCUCUCUGGAUCCCAGUCCUACGGAGGUGGUGGCCGGCCACUCAUCUUUAACUGGUCCGUGACAUCACCUGAUGACAAUGACGUAGCAGACAUUACAAGUGUCCUCGAUGCGCUGAGUUCAGAUGAUGAUGACGUGAAGAUCUAUGGGGAAUUACUUGACUCAGGGAAAACAUACGUGUUUAAGCUUGAAGCGGCAAACUUCCUUAAUCGGGCAGAUUUUCAAGAAACGACUCAUAUAGUAACUAAAAAUUCUGAUCCCGUCCCAGCCUUAACGCUGAGUUCAAGCAUCGAUCUAAUAGACGGGGAGGUUUAUGUAUCGGAGGAAUUUUCUAUCAAAACAAACGCAAUUGUAGCACCUUGUGCCAACAACACUAGAAUGACCUUUUCAUGGAUGGUAACAUGUACCAACCCAAAAGCAGAACUAAAGGUGCGAGACAGCGCUUCGUUUCAGAACACGAAAAACAAGCCCGCUCUCAGAUUAAGUCGGGGGAUACUGACAGAGGAUGUCAGUUGCACAUUCAACGUAACUGGAAGUAUGAGCUAUGAUGCAAAUAUUAAGAGCUCCGUCAGCGUGGUCAUUAGGGCUUUGGCCACUCCACUCGAUCCCUACAUAUCUGGAGGUGAUCGACAAAUAGGUCGCGACAGUGGUUCGGUAGAGCUCGACGCUGAGACAUUAACAGUGGAUCCUGAUGACCUUGACGAUUCCGGUGGAAGCUCUUUUGAAUGUGACUGGAGCUGUAAAGAUGGUGAUGAACGCUGCCGCUCAACUUUGGACAAAGAGAUUAUAUUAUCCGCUAAUUCUCCAUGUAUAACCGCAGUACAGAGCAAACACUUUGCAGCAGGAAAAUCUUACAUAAUCAGCGUGACUGUGAGCAAAGGAUCACGAUCAGCCUCUACCUCUAUAACGCUGACCGUGGUGGAAGGAAACCCGCCCGCUGUGUGGGUGGAUUUAGCGCAAAUGAAGGUCAAAGCAAGUGAAAGAAUAAAAUUGGAUGGAUACUAUAACUCAAGCGCCAAGCCUGAUAAAGUAGAAUGGAGUUGCCCUCCGGCACAAGGUUUUUCCACUGUUGACUUGACCAAAUACACACUCGAUGAAGAAUACUACAGUGAAGGUAUAUCAUUUGCAAUGAUGGUUAUCCCCCAGUAUGUUCUGAAACCGGGCAGUAAAUAUCGAUGUAAGUUGACAGUGAGAGAAGGAAGUAACGAGGGUGCAGCAUUCGUGGUGGUGGAGGUGAGAACUGGGCCCAGUUCCGGUACGUUCGAAGUUUCUCCUACUUCUGUGCAAGCACUGGAUCUCGUAACUAUGACAGCAAAGCAAUGGACGACUGAUUCAGACGCUGGCCCACUUCGAUAUUCAUUUGGUGAACUAAUUAGUGCAGACAUCUGCGAGACAUAUGGGCCUCCAUCUUCCACACCAGAACAGGAAGACAUCGUUCCGCCAGGAUCUGGUCCAAAUAAUGUCCUCACCUUAUGCUGUGUGAUUGAAGAUAAGUUCGGAUCGUAUGCUAUUAAAACGUUCAAUAUCACUUCUAGCCCGCCGGAUCCGGCAGAUCUAGACCCCGCUGCUUUGGAUAACUUGUUCGAAAAUGCCAUUGACGAUAAGUUACUGAGUGGAGACACAGAUAAAGCUAUGGGAGCAUUGAUCAGUAUAACAGGCACUGUUUUCGACGACUCCAGUAACACCUCAGAUGAGCUGAAGCGCAAUAUCUCUCAAAAAGCACAAGCAGCUCUUCUGCAAAUCCUAGAUGCUACUGAAGUUGACCAAGAUAAUGCAGCUCCUAUGUUGACCGCUUUAGUCCAAACAGACCCAAAAGCUGCCGGUAACAGCUCCGGCGUGGCUUAUGCAGCAGUGAAGAUUUUGGAUGGGUAUGGCGAAAAACCCAUUCCCAUUGAAAAGGCAGACAAAUUUCUCGAUUUUAUCAGCGACCUUGCUGGCGACUUUGUAGAAAACGACACCAGCUUACAAGAGAACGUGGAAGCAGCGUUUGAUUCUCUUGCGAAUAAUUUCGCAAAUAAUCUUUUCCUUAACGACGAGAAGGAAAUAUUCAAUGAAAAUCUGGGGUCAGUUAAGGUUAAAUUAACAGACUUGAAGAGUGUAAUGAAGGCAAACAGCAAACCAGGUGCCCCCAGUUUUAAUCCUGGCCCGUCACUGGUGAACCUCUUCAGUGGUCCAAGAAAGUGCGAGGGCGGGAAAACAUGCCAGGGAGUAGUUGUGCAGGUGGUCCAGUACAAGAAGGAUUUGAUCGCAGUGGAUAAAGAUAAGCAGGAUGACCAAGUUGAUGUUGAUCAUACCCAGGUUCUUGGCAUUGACUUAAAAGACCCAGUUUCGAAAAACCCACUUCCAGUUACAAACCUUCCACAACCUCUUACCCUGACAUUCACUGUGUCAGCCCUGCCGGUCGGUAAACAACGUGGCUGUAACUACUUUAAAAAAGAUACAAAAACAUGGGACAAAAAAGGAAUGACCGCCGUGGAUGGAGGAAAUAACACAUUGAAUUGUCUUUCAACUCACGCGACAUUCUUUGCUCCGUCCAAUGAUGCAAGUAAUGCGACAAACGCCACCACGGCACCACCAACUGUUGGAGCGACACCAACAGAAAAAGAGGACAAAAACAUGACAGCAGCCAUCGUGGGUGGCGUAAUAGGUGGCCUUGUGUUUAUCGCUCUAGUCGUUGGUGUUAUAUUGUAUCUUAACAAGAAUAAGAAUAAAAACUCAGGGAGGAUCUCCCCCGAGGAUCCAUCUCAUUAAGAAGGGAAGAAAUAUCUGUAGGUCCUAUCAUUCACUAAAGAACACGCAAACUAUUUUGUUAAAAUAUUUCUUGCAAAAAAAUUGAUCAUUGCGAAACAACUGCAACCCCAGACAGAUUAGCUAUCGUUGUACAAAGUGUGAACUGUUAACUUUGAACCACUGAAGAAGCGAAAAUUCUGGCGCAUCUACGCUUGCAAGUUUUCCCUGACGGUUGUAGAUGGAAGCUGAGAUUAGCUAUUUAUUGGUGAGUCUUUGAAUCUGGUUUAAAGGUUUUGAAUGAGGAACUUGUCCAGGAAAAUCUUAACAACGACGAAAAUCUACUAGUAUAGAUUAUGUGAUUAGGACAUUGCUCUGCUGGAUCCGUCAAUAGGAUCCAGUAUGAAUUACGAAAAGAUGAAGUAAGAGCAAAUGGACAAAACUAACUAGCGUUUUGGGCAGUUUUUUUUUCAGUCUUUUCAAAACAUUUUUUUAUUAACUUUUAGGUACAUGAUACAUAUUUCAUUGCCGAUUUGUCUGAGGCAAAUAAUUCUAAAAUUUUCCUCACUAACCAGCAUUUUUAGUUUGGUUUACAUUCGUAAUUGAUAUUCAGAAGAGAUCACCAGAGUCAUCUUUGACGAUGGCAAGCAUUCACCUAACUCUGUAAAUAGUUUAAUGUGUGUAUCAUUUUAAACACAUUUUUAAUCACUAGUAGUUCAAGGCUUUUAAGCUGUUUUGAGCUAUGAUGCAGUAAGUCAUGGGGGGACGGGGGGGGGAAGGGGGGAGGCAUGCAUAAAAUAUGUUUCCAUGGGGUCAGUGACCUCUAGUGAAACAAGGCCUAGAAAGGAUUGUAAAUUAGAAAAAAGAAAAAAUGAAACAGUUAUGUGUUGUCAAAUGUAGCAUUUACACAGAAGUACAGAUGCCUCCGUUGAAAAAAUUUUUGAUAGGGACUGGUCGCCUGGGAGGGAGGAUUUUGGUUGUGUCCCCUUAUACUCUGUCGGCGACAACUGAUUCUCCCCUCCUC